AUGGAAGUGUUGUGCCAAUACGAUCCUCAGAGCAGUCAUCUCUUCUACGUCAACACUGCGACCGGACAGCGACAAUGGGAACAUCCUAAGGGGCCCACCUCCAGUGCAAACGACGCAGCCCAGUUCCGCGAGCAGAUGAACAUGUAUGAACAGCAACUCGCCAACUACAACCGUGGAGGAGGAGGAGGAUACCAGCAGCAGAUGAGCCAGCAACAACAGCAACAGCAGCAGUACUACCAGGGAGGCAACCAAGGCUACGGCAACGGCAUGAUGGGUGGUAGCAGUGGUUUCGGAGGAGGGGGAGGGGGUGGAAUGGGCGGUAUGGCCAAGGGAGGAAUGAUGGGUCUGUUGGCUGGCACGCUUAUUGGGAACCAAUUUGGUCAACAUCACGGCGGAGGUGGGUUUGGAGGAAAUGGCGAUCAGAACUAUAACAAUAAUGACGGUGGUGGUUUUUUUGGAGGCAAUGAUGGAUAUGGAGGCGGGUACAGUGGAAAUGGCGACUAUUAUAAUGGUGGUUAUGAUAAUAGCGGUAGUGGCGGAGGAGGAGGAGACUCGAAUGGUGGAGGUGGGUCCUUUGACCAGGGUGGCAAUAGCGGUGGUAAUGACUUUUUUGGAGGUGGUGGCGAUGGAGGUGGAGGUGGUGGAGGGUUCUUUGACCAGAGCGGUGGUGGUGAUAGCAGCUUCUUUGGUGGUGGUGGUGGUGACGAUUCUUUUGGCGAUUCCUUGGCUCCCAGCUGGUGA